AUAUAUUUAUUACUCUCAAAGUAGUAUUAUUAUAGUUUUUACCAUCCUAUAUUAAACUUGCUAGCACAAGUUUAAUCUUGGACUCCGGAGCAAGUUCGUGUGGAUACGUUGGAGGCUUCAUACGUUUGGCGCUACGUUCAUCUCCUCAAAACCAUCCCCGACCGUUCCUCCGUUCUCCGUUUUCACCGUUAAAGUAAAUUUCUUACUAUAGCUAGUAAUUUACUCAUUCCUCUCAAAUUUCCCUCUCCACUCGCGUCAGUCUGAGUGUGUGAAAGAACGCCAAUUUUCCACAGAUUACUCAUUUCCACAAAUUCGGUCCCUUUAUUCACACUCCCACUUCUUCUUCAAAGUGAAUUUCUUGAAAUUCCUUUUUUCCCCGAACCAAAAGUUGCAGCACCAACCAGAGAAUUAGUGGCACCACCAUUAAUUUCUUGAGCUACCUACUGAAAAAAAAAGAAGCCAAAAGUGUGUAAAACAUAAGUUUGGUAAAGUAGGGGGGGCUUUUCCGUUUUCGUGCAUACUUAUAGACCUCUCGUUUCCUUGAUUACUCGUUGGAGUUUCUUGAUUCUGUUUGGGUUUGAGAAAAGAUGGCUCUUUGCACAUAUGCAAUUCCUGGGAAUUUGAGCAGGACGGUGGGUUCAGAUCUUCAAAAGCAACAGAGGUCUUUCAGCUCACACUGCUUCAAUGGAACCCAUCUGCACCUUCACUUCCAGUCUAAUACCAGUCAGCUGAAGAAAAGGUCAAGUGGGGUUCAAGCUUCCGCAUCACAGAAUGAUGAGUACUACUCACAGAGACCGCCAACUCCUCUUUUGGACACCAUAAACUAUCCAGUUCACAUGAAAAAUCUGUCCAAAAAGGAACUGAAGCAACUUGCCAAUGAGCUCCGCUCCGAUGUUAUAUUUAAUGUUUCAAAGACUGGGGGUCACCUCGGCUCCAGUCUUGGUGUUAUUGAGCUAACGGUUGCCCUUCAUUAUGUCUUCAAUUCUCCACAAGAUAAGAUACUAUGGGAUGUUGGUCAUCAGUCCUACCCUCACAAAAUUUUGACAGGCAGAAGGGCAAAAAUGCCAACAUUGAGACAGACUAACGGGCUAUCAGGCUUUACGAAGCGUUCAGAAAGUGAACAUGAUUGCUUUGGAACUGGCCACAGUUCAACCACUAUCUCUGCAGGCUUAGGAAUGGCUGUGGGAAGAGAUCUAAAAGGAAGGAAAAACAGUGUCGUUGCGGUCAUAGGUGAUGGUGCAAUGACAGCAGGUCAAGCUUAUGAAGCAAUGAACAAUGCCGGUUACCUAGAUUCCGACAUGAUUGUCAUCCUUAAUGACAACAAACAAGUCUCUUUACCAACUGCUACGCUAGAUGGGCCCGCUCCUCCUGUAGGAGCUCUCAGUGGUGCUUUGAGCCGGUUACAGUCCAACAGGCCUCUGAGAGAACUGAGAGAAGUUGCUAAGGGAGUUACGAAGCAGAUUGGAGGACCCAUGCAUGAGCUUGCUGCAAAAGUUGAUGAAUAUGCUCGCGGGUUGAUUAGUGGUUCUGGAUCAACACUUUUUGAAGAACUUGGGCUUUAUUACAUUGGGCCUGUUGAUGGCCAUAACGUUCAUGAUCUUAUAUCUAUUCUGAAAGAAGUCAAGAGCACAAAGACCAUUGGCCCAGUUCUAAUCCACGUUAUUACUGAGAAGGGCAGAGGCUAUCCUUAUGCUGAAAAAGCUGCAGACAAGUACCAUGGAGUGGCAAAAUUUGAUCCAGCAACUGGGAAGCAAUUCAAAGCAAGUGCGAAAACUCAGUCUUACACAACAUACUUUGCAGAGGCUUUGGUUGCAGAAGCAGAAGCGGAUAAAGACAUAGUUGCAAUCCAUGCAGCCAUGGGGGGUGGGACAGGUAUGAACCUUUUCCUUCGUCGCUUCCCGACACGGUGUUUUGAUGUUGGAAUAGCAGAACAGCAUGCAGUGACUUUUGCUGCUGGGUUGGCCUGUGAAGGCCUCAAGCCUUUCUGUGCAAUAUAUUCAUCAUUCAUGCAAAGAGCUUAUGACCAGGUAGUGCAUGAUGUGGAUUUGCAGAAACUGCCUGUAAGGUUUGCAAUGGACAGAGCGGGUCUGGUCGGAGCGGAUGGUCCCACACACUGUGGUGCUUUUGAUGUUACCUUCAUGGCAUGCCUCCCAAACAUGGUAGUGAUGGCUCCUUCUGACGAGGCCGAGCUAUUUCAUAUGGUAGCCACUGCUGCAGCCAUAGAUGACCGCCCUAGCUGUUUGAGGUAUCCUAGAGGGAACGGCGUAGGUGUAGGAUUGCCUCCUAACAACAAAGGCACCCCUCUCGAGGUUGGUCGAGGGCGGAUAUUGAUUGAAGGAAAAGGAGUGGCACUCUUGGGAUAUGGAACAGCAGUGCAGAGCUGUCUAUCUGCAGCUUCUCUGUUGGAAACUUGUGGCUUACAGGUGACAGUUGCAGACGCGCGGUUUUGCAAGCCAUUGGACCAUUCCCUUAUCCGCAAUCUGGCUAAGUCACACGAAGUGCUGAUCACUGUGGAAGAAGGGUCAAUUGGGGGAUUUGGUUCGCAUGUUGCGCAAUUCAUGGCUCUGGAUGGUCUCCUUGAUGGCAACUUAAAGUGGAGACCAAUGGUUCUUCCAGACAGAUACAUAGAGCACGGAGCUCCGGGAGACCAAUUGGACCAAGCCGGCCUGACGCCAUCCCAUAUCGCGGCGACAGUGUUUAACAUCCUGGGACAAGCAAGAGAGGCCCUGGAGAUCAUGUCGUCGUAGGACGGUGUAAAUAACUAAUUAUGUACAAUUGUUAUGUAUGGUGAAAUAAAUGUUGAGCGUUUGAAAAUGUAACAUUAUACAUGGAAACAUUAUAUGUUCAUUCCCCGAAUGAAAUGGAACUCAUACUUCUGUUAACCAU